AUGGGGGCGAACGCAUGCAGCAAAAUUUGUGGCUUCAUGGGAAGAUCAGAGGAGGCGGUCUGCGAAACCCGCACCCGCGCCAGCACCAUCUUGCAGCUGGAGAGGAUCGACGCUGUGAAGUGUUCGGAAGCAGGCGGGAAGUGCCUACAUUGCGACGGUUGGGGCUACAGCCACGUUGAAGACGGUCUACCCCUGGAUCUAGAGCAGCACCAAAGGUGUAACGACUGCAGCGAGUGCGAGAAGUGCGAGGGAGCAGGUGUGAACCGCCCCAUCGCCAGGGCCAGUUCAUCAAGAAGAACGUUAAAAGGCGGUCGUCUCCCCGGCUUGCCUGGGGGCCUUCCGGGGCUGCCGCCCAGCGGCUUCUGA